AAAUAGCCGGAAAUUUCGUCAUACAGAGGAGACAAAGGAGGAGAAAAUGACGAGGGAGGAGAUCAACGUGACUGUGCUGUAUGGGAGUGAGACCGGAACUGCACAAGACACUGCCGAAGAACUUUGGAUUAAUGCCAAGAGGGGUGGGUGGGGUAGAAUCGACUUCUUGGUGCAAAUGAGCUGCGGAGAAGCUACCACUUAUGUUACCAGUCUUUAAAAAUGGACUGAAGUGUUCAGUAAUAGCAAUGGACGACUACAACCUCGAGCACCUCUGCUCCGAGCGUUUGAUCCUCUUCGUAGCUUCCACAACUGGUCAAGGGGACACCCCCUCGAAUAUGACGAAUUUCUGGAGAUUUCUACUUCGCAAAUCUCACCCCCAAACUCUUCUCAAAAAUCUGAAAUACGCAGUCUUGGGACUGGGGGACAGCUCUUACGAGAAGUACAACUUUGCAGCGAAGAAACUGAACAAACGUCUGUCCCAGCUGGGGGCACAGGAGAUGAUUCCAAUAGCUCUAGCAGACGAUCAACAUGACUUGGGAAUUGACGCGACAGUGGAACCCUGGAUGAAAAAUAUCUGGAGGAUAAUAUCAGAAGUUCUGAACAUUCCCCUGAAACCUUCCCAUCAGGUGAUCGAACGCUUCAGCGUCUCCGUCGUCCCGAGAACGGACCCUUCAGUAGCCGAAUUUACGAAAAAAGUGUCAGCAGACAUUUACGAACAUGAACUUGAGGUGAAUAGUCAUUUAAAAUUCGCCACAAUCAUGAGGAACACGAGGACAACAGCUCUGGAUCAUUUUCAAGACGUCAGACUGAUUGAAUUGAACAUUCCAAACGUUAAUUAUCAUCCUGGAGACAUUAUUUACGUGCGGCCGAAGAAUUCUCCUGACCAAGUAUCGAGAUUUUUUCAUCUCUUGAGGGAACAUGACGUUCCACUAGUACCAGAGACACUUCUGAGCAUUUCAGACAAAGAGAUAAAGCUUCCACAUUGUCUGAGACAUCCCCUGACCCUUCGACAAGUCGUCGAGCAGUACUGGGACCUCAACUACAAGCCUAGAAGGUCCACAAUGCAGGUCCUGGCUUUGCUGAGUGAUAACGAUCUUGAGAAGGAAAAACUUACUGAAUUCUCCGCAGCUGCUGGACAGGACGAGCUUUACAGUUAUGUGAACAGACCGAGGAGAAAUAUUCUCGAGGUACUCGGCGACUUCCCUCACACCACCAGGAGAUUGAAUGAAAAGGUUUUGUUUGAAGUUAUGUCACCUAUCAAACCCAGGGCCUUCAGCAUAGCCUCCAGUUGCAAAUCCAGUCCUGGGGAGGUUCAUCUGCUGGUGGCUGUUGUCAAGUAUAAAACUAAACUGGUAGAACCGAGACUGGGGUUGUGCUCCAACUGGCUCGCUUCCUUGCAAGAAGGACAGCGAGUGAUUUGUUGGCUGCAGAAGGGAACGUUCAAGUUCGAUUGGGAGAAACCGAUGAUUUUCGUGGGACCUGGUACUGGCGUUGCUCCUUUCCGGUCGAUUUUGUUGGAGCUAGAAGCUGCCAAGGUCGAUAUGAAGGAUAUUAUAUUGUUCUUUGGAUGCAGGAGCGAGAGGAAGGAUUUUCAUUGUAGGGAGGACUGCGAGAGAUUAGUGAAAAACCAUCACCUGACUGUUUUCUCGGCUUUUUCUAGAGACCAAGAGGAUAAAAUAUACGUUCAGCACCUGAUCAGAGAGCAAGGAGCAUUGUGUUGGAAUUUGUUGUUGAAUGGUGGGAAAAUCUACCUGUCUGGGAGUUCCAAAGAUAUGCCAAAGUGCGUCAGAGAGGAGUUCGUCGACAUGGCGAGGAAAUUCGGCGAUUUCAACGAUUUUGAGGCUGAAAAUUUUGUGAGAAACCUCGAAAAAUGUGGACGAUAUCAAACUGAAACUUGGGGAUGAUUUUUAUAACUAGUGCCAGGACGGCCGUGGCAUUGCUUUUUCUUCGGUUUUGUGGCCGUGACAGAACAUCCAACGUUCCUCAUUUUUUCUAUCUUCAUGAAACUGUUUCUGUUUUAAAAUUAGAGGUUCCAUGGAGCCCUAAAAGGGAAUAAAAAUUGAAAUAAUGAA